AUGGCAGGAUUAAUGAAGAAGUAUGGCAUCGUCCAUAAAGUGGCCACGGCAUACCACCCACAAACAAAUGGCCAAGCCGAAGUCUCCAAUCGGGAAAUCAAGUGCAUAUUGGAAAAGAUUGUAAAGCCUCAUAGGAGGGAUUGGAGUUCCAAGCUCGGUGAUGCGCUUUGGGCCUACCGGACGGCUUACAAGACGCCGAUUGGUAUGAGCCCAUUCCGGUUGGUCUAUGGGAAGGCUUUCCAUCUUCUGGUGGAGAUAGAGCAUAAAGCGUACUGGACCGUAAAAGAGUGCAACACAGGAUUUUGGGUUGGAGUCGAAAGGAAGUUACAAUUGGUAGAGCUUGAGAACCUUCAAUUGGAAGCCUAUGAGAAUUUAAGGCUUUACAAGGAGAAGAUGAAAGCGGUUCAUGAUCGAAAUAUAAAAAGGAGAGAGUUUAGAGCUGGAGAACUAGUUCUCAUCUAUAACUCUAGGUUAAGGUUGAUGCCCGAAAAGUUGGGAUCAAGGUAG